AUGCUGUUAAGGAACACUCUUUGUAAUGACAGGUUUACUACCAUAGCCGAGAGCCUUCAGCAAGUUCGCCAGCAGAUUAAAAAACUGGAGGAACUGGAACAGAAGUACACGUAUGAGUCGGACCCCAUCACGCAGCACAAAAAGACACUUCAUGAUCGGACGCUGGGCCUCUUCAAACAACUCAUCCAGUGUUCCUUCGUGGUUGAAAGACAACCUUGCAUGCCCACACAUCUUCAGAGACCACUGGUUUUGAGGACUGGGGUGCUAUUCACAGUGAAGCUGAGAUUGCUGGUGAAACUGCAGGAGCUGAAUUAUAAAUUGAAAGUGCAGGUUGUCUUUGAUAAAGACGUGAAUGAGAAGAACACUGUAAAAGGGUUUAGAAAAUUUAACAUCUUGGGGACGAAUACUAAAGUGAUGAACAUGGAGGAGUCAAACGGCAGUCUGUCAGCAGAAUUCAGACAUCUGCAAUUAAAGGAGCAGAAAAAUGUCUGCAGAACUAAUGAGAAAUGA